AUGAAGGCCAUCAUCCUGGUGGCAGGCUUCCUGGGAGGUCUCGGAUCCGCCUCACCUCUCCUCCGGGCGAGAGACUCCCUCACAACCCACUCACCUGUCGUGGAUCUCGGAUAUUCUCAGUAUCAAGGUGUGGCACUCAGCAACGACGUUGAUGAGUAUUUGGGCAUGAGAUAUGCUGCGCCUCCGAUUCGAGAUUUGAGGUUCCGAGGUCCGCGGGACCCCGAGCAGAUGGAGGGGGUGCAAGAUGCGACCGCGUUUGGGCCAAUUUGUGUUGGGGUCGGCCAACAUACGACCGAUUCCCGGGGAGAAGACUGUCUCUUUGUCAACGUGUGGCGUCCGUCGAAUGCAACUGCCGAGUCCAGUCUGCCUGUGUGGUUAUUCAUACAAGGCGGCGGAUACGCAGAUGACUCAAAUUUCAACUACAACGGCAGCGACGUCGUCAAACAAUCCGGGGGUAACAUUGUCUUUGUCAAUUUCAACUACCGGGUGGGUGCGUUGGGCUUCUUGGCGAGUGAAGCUGUGCGUCGGGAUGGAGACCUGAACGCCGGUUUGCUUGAUCAACGAAAACUGCUUGCUUGGGUGCAGCGGCAUAUUCGUCAGUUUGGCGGAGAUCCCCAACAUGUUGUGAUUCACGGCGCCUCUGCUGGUGCGGGCUCCGUGGCCCAUCACUUGACAGCCUACCAUGGUGAAAAUAUGAAUCUCUUUGCCGGAGCCGUUGCGGAGUCGCCCUUCUGGCCAACCCUGCGCACCGUGGCCGAGAUGGAAUUCCAGUACAAGCGUUUCGCGGAAGAUGUGGGUUGCGGCGCAGCGACUGACACGCUUGCUUGUCUUCGUGCCGUGGACAUUGCCACGAUCAUGCAAUACGACGUGGUCAUGCCCUUUCCGGGUGGAAGCGACUCGCCGAAGCCAUUGUGGUACUUUUUGCCGGUGGUGGAUGGAUCUUUGAUCACGGAUGGACUGUACAACCUUUUCGAACAGGACCAAUUCGUCCAUGUACCUCUCAUGGUCACAUCUGACACCAAUGAAGGGACGGCGUUUGCUUACAAUGCUUCCAGUCCCCAAGAGGUUGCCCAAUUCCUCAAAAAUAACUAUCCGGGGCUCAACGAGGAGCAACUGGGACGGAUCAACCAGGCGUAUCCGCUCAUGGAUCCUCUACCGAAGCAUGCUGCAUAUUUUCCGUCGGCAGCCCAGGCGUACGGCGAGUCAACGUUCACGUGUGCGGGCAAUGAAAUGGCGGCACGUAUGGCCCAGUACUUCUCUCCCGAUCGCGUCUGGAAUUAUCGCUUCAACGUGCUGGACCCGAAGAAUGCGGCGGCCGGGCUGGGUGUACCUCAUGUGUUUGAGCUCCCCGCUGUAUUCGGGCUGGGGGACACGAAUCAAGCGUCUGGGACGUAUGCCAAUACCGAUGCCGAAAUUGUUCCACUGACAAUGGACUACUACAUCAGUUUUGUGAGAUCGCUUGAUCCCAAUCUGUAUCGAUACGAAGAUGCGCCAUUUUGGCAGACUUGGGGUGACGGCCAAGGACAAAGACUGAAGAUUCAGACGGGCUCGACCGCGAUGGAACCGGUCCCAGAAGACCAAGUCCAUCGGUGUGAGCUGUGGAAGAGACUGGCGUCAUUUACCGAACAAUAA